AUGAUCGCAGGCCCGUCGCAGCUAGUGAAGAAGCUGUGGAGGCAGCUGGUGGCAACAUGCAUUGCGUUUGGGGUGCGCAGCACCGAGAACCAGCGGUUCGAGAGGGCCUUGGAGCUACUCAAGCGGGCUGGGAUACUCCUCUCUAGGCAAGUGCUCGACAAGCACUCCACCCUGGAGCUCCGGGCGUUCGUGAACGACGCCUACGGGCUGUACUUCCUCCGGAGGGGAAAGUCAAGCGCGGCCUUGGACUACCUGCAGAAGGCCAUGAAAACGCACGCUCGCAUGCUGGACUGGGGACACGUGGCCAAAUGCCAUCUCCACUCCUCCAUGGUCUUGUCCAAGCUCAACCGCCAUGACGAAGCUCUCAGGUGUCUCGGACAGGUCUUGGCGAUGGUCCAGGAGGGCAAGCUCGACGUCGGGGGGAACUCUCCGCAGAAGCUGUGCCUUGUGGCCAUCUGCUAUCACAACAUGGCUGUCGAGCAGUUGAUCCUGCGCCAUGCCGGAGAGGCGUGCAUGAGCAGCCAGAACGCCCGUCGGCUGGCGCGCCUGUGCCUGUCCUACUCCAACCGCUGGCUCCACUCCUUCGAGGGCACCCACAAGCUCGCGCUCGCUGAGCUCUCCAGGAGCCUGUCCACCACCGGUGGAGACGGGGCGGGUGGAAACGUGGCGCAGCGGAGGGGCAGCGGCGGGUACGGGGAGGGGGAGCGAGAACAGAAGGAUAUAUUGCAACGAUUGACGGAAGAACUCUUUUCGUAGCACAGGUUUCGUCGGGGCGGGGGUU